AUGGCUAUUCAAAAUUACUCAGUCGUUACUGAAUUUAUCCUUCUUGGACUUUCUGAUGAUCCGAGGACACAAUUCAUCCUUUUUCUAGUCUUCUUCAUCAUCUACCUCAUAAGCCUUCUUGGAAACGUUCUCAUUAUUAUAAUAACCGUGACAGCCAGUAAUCUUCAGACUCCAAUGUAUUUCUUCCUCGCUAACCUCUCUUUCUUGGAUAUCUGCUAUUCCUCAACAGUUGUCCCUAGAAUGCUUAAAGACAUGUUGUCCACAACAAAAACUAUUUCUUAUGCAGAAUGUGUCAUGCAAAUGUAUAUUGUGCUUUCCUUGGGUGAAUGUGAAUGCAUUCUUCUUGCUAUAAUUGCUUAUGAUCGUUACAUAGCUAUAUGUUACCCAUUGCAUUAUACUACAAUCAUCAGUAGGUCUGUUUGUAUCAGGACUGCCACUGGUACCUAUAUAUGUGGGUUUAUUUUGUCGUAUGCUUCCGUUGAAUUUACGUGGAAUGUAGGUGUUUGUGGAAGCAAUAAAAUUAACCAUUUUCAGUGUGAAGUGCCGGAAAUACUAGCACUAGGUUGUGGAAACAUAAUAAUGAUUGAAUUGUUAAUUUUUGUUGUAGGAGUAAUCGUUUUAAUGAUACCGAUAGCAUUUAUUAUUGUAUCAUACUUUAAAAUAAUUCUAGCUGUUUUGAAAAUAACAUCUUCUGCGGGCCAGAGGAAAGCCCUCUCAACCUGUGGAUCUCACAUUUUGGUUGUAACAUUAUUCUACGGCUCAGCCAUGGCUACAUAUAUGAAACCCAGAUCCCAGUCCUCACCAAACACAGACAAAAUGUUUGCUAUUCUUUAUACCGUUGUCACUCCAAUGCUGAAUCCUUUGAUUUAUACACUUCGAAACAAGGAGGUUAAAGCAGCCUUAAAAAUGAUCAUAUAUAAAAACAUAGUAUUUAAUAAAUUGUGA